UCUCCUUUCUUGUAGUGAAUCUAGUGCGCUGUGCGCUACUUGUUGCCUAGCUGCGUGCUUCGGUGUAGUAUAACAUCGGCUCUCCCGGUUCUUCGCUCUUCGGUGAUCGGGUCGCGCGUCACAUAAGUAAUCCAAAGUCGUUUCGCAUGGAGUGAUUUCCAGCACUCCGCAUCAACCCCUUAGGUACUAACUACCAUCCAUCUUUCCCACAGCGAGCGAGGGGACUCGACGCUUGUUUCGACUCAAAAGCUCUACCCACCUUUCUGGCAGCGUCUCUCCGCCGUCAUCACCCCACCGUGCCAGAUUUCCUCUUUGAGAAUUCUCAAAAAACAGCAAUCCUUCAGCUUUUCUGGCGCCUCAGAAACCGAAUUCUCAAAAACCAACUCUCCGCCGCCAUCACCGCACCGUGCCACAUGGCGAGCAUCGUCGUCAUAACAACGCAGGACGACGCGGCGCACGCGUUUCCGGAGUCCGCCAUCGACGACCGCCUCCUCAUCCCGGGCCUCCCCAACGAGAUCGCCAUCCGCUGCCUCGCGCGCGUCCCCUACAUGCGCCGCCUUCCCCUCGGGCUCGUCUGCAAAUCAUGGCGCGACGCGUUUCGCGGCGGGACGAUCUACAACAUCCGGCAGCGCGAGGGGAUUCUAGAAGAGCUCCUGUGCGUCUCGUUCCUCGACAAGGCGCACGGGCGGCUCGUUCUUAAAAUCCUCGACGAGGCUUCGCGGAAAUGGGCGCCGCUUUCGUCGGAGUACCGGCAUACCAAGUGCAAGGUGCGCAGCUUCCACUGCCGCGCGUUCCGCCACAAGGUGUUCGUGUUCACGCGCGACGAGUGGGCUUUAAUUAAGAACAGCAACCUCGCCAUGCUCGGCAUCACGCGCGCGGGCGCCGGAGGGGGGAAGAGGAGGCUCGCGGAGGGGGAGUUGGGGGACGCGAGGGAGGUGAGGGAGAAGCAGUGGGUGCGGGGUGGAGGGUUUGAAGUGUCGAACGUGGUUACAUGUUACGGGCGGUUUUACACGCUGGAUCACAACUUCAUACACGAGUAUAACCUGGAGAUGAAGCAGUGGGAGCGAGCCGUGCAGCUGCCCUCUCGCCACAGGUGGGCCGGAACCUUCCGCCAGUGCUACUUCCUCGUGUCCCUGGACGGGAAGCUGUGUGUGAUUGACACGUGGCAGGAGAAGUGGCUAUGGAUGACGGGGAAGGUGAAGGCGAAUGCGAGCUUUUUGGAGUUCCCUGAGGAGGCAGCUGAGGGAAGGGUAGGAGAGGGUUUGUUAGGCAGCAGGAGGGGUGUUGAUGACACAAGUUUGGGGUUGAGACGGGUUGCCAGAUGUAGGUCUGCAAGUGGGCUGAGAUACAGCUGGAGCAGAGUGCACAUGCCAGUGGAGACAGAGGGGAGGGAACUGGCAGGCUAUGCUGUGUUCCAAGUAUAAGGGGGUGCAUGAAUCAUGGGACGUCAAGCUUUGAUGCAAUUCAGUUGGGUUCCUUCAGUAGGCUGGUUAGAAGGGCUUGGGCAUCACAUUAUGGCACAUUGGGUUUGGGAUCACUUUACCUUGCAUCCUAAUGUCUCCAUAACAUGGCAUU